UUCCUCCUCAAUAAAGAGCGCCAUUUUGUCGCCUGCACCUGUUGUCGCCUGCAUUUCCCCCCUCUUACCCGUGGUUUAUUCUUUUUGUUUCGGCACCAACUCUCGCACUCAUACUUUGCCUUUUUGAGUUGGCUGAAGGAACUCGCGAGGGAACGAGGGUAACACGAUGGCAUACAGAAAAUCUACGAUUGUCCAGCUUACUCCUCCGGGCUCAGUGCCCCGAGCCCAACGGCAGCAGCAGCAGCCAGGGCAGCAGCGCACCUGGCGCAACAUGGGCGGUGGUGCCCUGUCGCUGGCUACGCCUGCUACUGCCACAAGCCAAAAACGUUACACAGCGCAGAGCGCCCAGCCAACCGAAACCCGCAGGGUCAAGUUUCGGCGGCCACGCUCCCGGCAGUACAGCAGCGGCAGCCACCGGGCGCGCGGCCGCUCUAUCUUGCAGCGAGAGCAGGGUGGCGACACAGAGACGGCGGCCAAUGGGAUCGUCCAGAUUCCAGGAACUUGCAGUGUCCAGCCCUCGUUCUACAACCCUCCCCCAUCGCAGCCAGGGCAGCCGGCCGUUCCUGCCUCCUUCAGCUCUUCUCCCUUUUCUCAACCACAGCGAAAUUCAGCGCUAAUUGAAGGUCCCGACGACAUGCACAGCGAACCAGAACCGAGUAGCCACCGUCGGAGCAGCAGCAUUCAGCUGCUUGGCCCGCCGCGCCACGUAGUGCUGCGCAUGUCGAUGAACGAAAAUCUAGCAGUGCCCAGUGCGGCUCCGGUGCCGCGGGUGCCUGGGAAACCGGCUCCGAUCGGCGUAUACGAGCCGGUGGAGAAGGAUAUUUUGGCCGAGCACCCUGAGAAGUUCACCAGCGAUGGGCUGCGCCGCAAGGAGCGCAUGUACCGGCUAUACGACCACGGCAACUGGCACUUGUUCCGUGGCAGGGUUAUUACCGGCAGCCGCCCGUUGCCGUUCAUUUCUGCCAUCUGCAUGGUCGUUACCCCCGUGGUGCUAUUCUCGAUAUUUGUGUGCCCGUACCUUUGGACAGACCUGCACAAGGCUCCAGUGAUAGUUUUUGUAUAUCUGACCGCUCUGACGCUGACGUCAAUGAUGAAGGCGUCGUUCAGCGACCCGGGCAUCAUUCCGCGCAAUCUGGAUGCGAUCACCGCACCCGACAACUACGCUAUCGACGUUGGCGACCACGCCCAGCAGCACCAGCAGCACCAGCAGUCGCGGUCAGUCCUUGGGGGCGAGUCGCACCGUGCUACAUCCAGCACUGCAACCGACCGCAUAGGCCACCACCACCCCUAUGCCAGCCCGCAGCCACUGCAGUAUUACGAGAAACUUCCGCCUCCCUGGGUUCAUAUUGGCCACGCUGGACGAAGAGAUGGCCCGCUCAGCGUGUACGAUCCCAAGGUACCGGAGCGCCCCGCGUCUGAUCCGUACCUGAUGUUUCCACCGACAACAAAACUCGUAGCAGUCAACAAUGUCGCUGUGCGGCUCAAGUACUGCGAGACAUGCAAGAUUUAUCGCCCGCCGCGGGCCUCGCACUGCAAGUACUGCGACAACUGCGUCGAGAACGAGGACCACCACUGUAUCUGGCUGAACAACUGCGUUGGCCGCCGCAACUACCGCUACUUUUAUGGAUUUGUGGGUGCACUGACCUUUCUGUGCCUCUACCUCGUCACCUUCUGUCUCGUGCGCCUGAUCCUGCCGCUGCACCACGAGCCCGGCCUGUCGUUCCGCCAGUCAGUCAAGCGCCACCCGGUCGUGUUGGCUGUCCUUAUUUUUGCCUUCUGGAACGUGUGGCUCGUUGGCGGCCUGUUUGGGUACCACACCAUCCUGAUUAGCCGCAACAUGACCACGCACGAGGUCCUGGGUGCCAAACACUCGGGCGCAUAUCGGACCCCGGCAGGAGCGACUGGCAAACGGCACCUGCUGUUCCCAAGAUUGUCAGCCCGUACUCGCGCGGCUCCUGUGCCAGCAACUGGGCUGCAGCUCUCUGCAAUCCUGCUGUGCCUGCUAAUGUCAAGUGGCGCACUCGCGUGGAUCCAGAGGGAAUCGAAGAGCUACUGCCUCGCCACAGCCAACCUUGACACCCCCAUCCAUCUAUCCAUCCAUCUAUUCAUCCAUCCAUCCAUUGAUCCAUUCACAUUUCGUAUUAUCACACUAAUCCCUACUUCUACUCGCCAUAUGUAAUAUAUAUUUUUCGAUAUC